AUGUCACUGUGGGCCCGGGUAAAUCAGCUGCCGCAGCCGAUACUGGAGCAGAUACGCUUCAUCUACGGCAGCAACUUCCCGAUAGAGGUGCGCCACUAUCUAGCAGAUUGGAUCGAGGAACGAUUGCUUAAUGCACCGGUGUACACGAACGAUCAGGAGGCGGUGUACGAGCAGGAUGCGGCCAACUUUCUCAACCAGCUCAUCAUGGAGCUGGAACGGACGGCGAUCAAUCUGCCGGAGACGAACUUCACCAUCAAGAUCCGGCUGAAUGAAUCGGCUCGCAACUUCCGUCAGCUGUUCUCGCACAAUCCGGCCCAGCUGUACCAGCAUCUGAUGAACUGUCUGCACAGGGAGCGGCAGUGUGUCGCCUAUCCGGACGAGUGCGUGAAUGUGCAGGACCCGGAGGUGACGGAGGUGUUCAAUGCGGUGCAACAGUUGCAGAUAAUGGUGCGCACGAACGAGAACGACAACCGGAACCUGAUGAAAGAGUACGAACAUCUACUGCUGGAGGUGCACGAGCUGCAGAAGAACCGGGCACAGCUGGAAACGAUCGAGAAUGCGGAGAUGAGGGCGCACGCACAUAACCAGCUCGCCCAGCACCAGAAGAUGGUGAACGAUCGGUUGCAGCUGUGCACCGGUAAGCGGCUCGCCCUGGUGGACGGGUUCAGGAAGACGAUACUGAUCACGGACGAGGUGCAGAACAAGGUGCUGAACAAGUACCUGUCGCAGUGGAAAAUUAACCAGGGUUUCGCCGGCAACGGUGCGUCGAUGAUGAGCGCGAGCAAUCUCGACACCAUACAGGCAUGGUGCGAAAGCUUGGCGGAGAUCAUCUGGAGCACGAAGGACCAGAUACGGCUCGCGAUCAAGAACAAGUCGAAGCUGCAUGUGGAACAGGAGGACGUGCCGGAUCUGCUGCCGCAGGCGAUGGUUGAUGUGACGAAUCUGCUGAAGAUGCUCAUCACCAACACGUUCAUCAUCGAGAAGCAACCGCCGCAGGUGAUGAAGACAAACACGCGGUUCGCCGCUACCGUGCGCCUGCUCGUCGGCAACACGCUCAACAUCAAGAUGGUAAACCCGCAGGUGAAGGUGUCUAUCAUUUCCGAGGCCCAAGCUCAGCAAACGCAACAGACCAACAAAGCUUCCGAACAGUCGUGCGGUGAAAUUAUGAACAACAUCGGCAAUCUGGAGUACAACGAAACGACCAAGCAACUGUCAGUGAGCUUCCGAAACAUGCAGUUGAAGAAAAUAAAGCGCGCGGAAAAGAAAGGCACCGAGUGUGUGAUGGAUGAAAAAUUUGCACUACUCUUCCAGUCCAGCUUUGCCGUCGGCCAUGGAGAUCUCGUCUUUUCAGUGUGGACUAUCUCCCUUCCAGUAGUGGUGAUCGUACACGGAAAUCAAGAACCACAGUCAUGGGCCACCAUUACCUGGGACAAUGCGUUCGCCGACAUAAACCGCAUCCCGUUCCAGGUGCCGGAUAAAGUGAUUUGGAACCAGCUUGCCGAAGCAUUGAACAUGAAGUUCCGCGCCUCGACCGGUCGUUCGCUGACGGCGGAAAAUAUGCACUUCCUGUGUGAGAAAGCGUUCAAAACGAACCUGCCAUUCCCGGUACCGAAUGACCUUACGAUCAUGUGGUCACAGUUUUGCAAGGAACCGAUCCCGGACCGUUCGUUCACGUUCUGGGAUUGGUUUUACGCGGCGAUGAAGGUAACGCGCGAGCAUCUGCGUGGUCCGUGGAUGGACGGUAGCAUCAUUGGGUUCAUACACAAAUCCAAAGCAGAAGAUUAUCUGCUCAAGUGCCCGCGGGGCACCUUCCUGCUACGUUUCUCCGACAGUGAGCUCGGUGGUAUUACCAUUGCCUGGGUGAAUGAGGGUAACGACGGUCAGCCACAGAUACUGCACAUUCAACCGUUUACGGCAAAGGAUUUCUCCACCCGUUCGCUGUCCGAUCGCAUUCGCGACUUUGACGAUCUCUUCUAUCUGUACCCGAACAAGCCGAAGCAUGAAGCGUUCGAUCGGUACACGACACCGGCGGGACCACCGCGAAACAAGAACUACAUCGCGUCGGAGGUGCGUGCCGUACUGAUGCCCGGCCCGACCAACAACCAGAUGAAUAGCUUCCCGAACACCCCGUCCUACAAUAUUCAAUCGCCAGAUGCGUCGCGCGAUACACCCUCGAGCGGAUUUUCCAUGAGCUGUCGAACGGGCAACUCCGUACCGGGCAGUACGCAACACCGGUACGCAUCCAGUUUCGAGCCGUACGUGCAGUCGGACGGUAUCACCCAGUCAGUAAUGAUGGCAACUGGCGGUACACUGUCCGGUUUGGUACGGCCACCGCCCGCCCUGAGCGUGCUGUCGACGAGUAGUAACUGUAGCAGCAGUACUACAGCCACCACCGGUCACCACCAUCACCACAGUUUGAUGGAGCAGCAACAAACACAUCACAGCCAUAUGUCGAUCCUGCCGGCACACAGCCCUGGCGGUGGACAGAACCAUCAUCGGUCGCAGCCUCAGCACUACGAGGAUACGUCGCUCAGUGACUGCGGUCUCGAUGGGACCGAGCACCGAAUGCAGCAGCAAUUGUUGCCGUCCGUACCGGCAGCGUUCUCGUUUACCGGCAUUACCUUUACGGACCGUGGUGAGCAACAGAACCUACCGGACGGCGGUGCCAGUAACCAGCAGCGGACACUUACCCAACCGUCUAGCUCGUCCGGUAUGACGAAUAGCAGGGCAGCCACCACCACCACCCGAAGAAGUGGCAAUGGUGUUGAGAGUGUGUCCACCUCCUCCCGCACAACCUCGUUAUCAUCCACCGCUACUAGUGCUUCCACGUCAACCGCAAUGGAUUUUGCCGGUUUAGAGGAACUCAACUGGUUGGAUAUGAACAACAACAGUAACUGGAUCGGUGACGGUUCGUCAUGA